AUGGGAGGAUGGAAAUUGGAAACUGGCAGGUUUUUCAUGUUAAUCGCUUUUCCUGUUGGAGCAUUUUGGCUUUUCAAUCAGCCAACUAUUUUUAAGGAAUUUGUGAGUUUUGUGGGGAAUAUUUUUCUAGAGAAAAAUAGCAAUUCUUUUAAAAAUCUGCUUUAAUUUUUUUAGAUUGAGCUUUAAACGUAUCAAAAAAUGAGCCGGAAUUUCGAUAAUUAAUUUUCGAAACAGUGAAGUAUUUUUGUUGGAAAAAUCUGGUACAGUCUUAAGGCUACGAAUAGAACAUUUUGACUGUCUAGCGAGCGUCAUAUUCAAAAGUCAAUUAAUUUUGUUUACAGAUGAAAGGCUACAAAAUCCCAGAUAGCAGUGCUGGCGAUAAAGCAAUGUCCGAAUUCAAAGAGCAAUUAUUAGCAACAAAACGUCGUGAAGAAUAUGAAGCAUUUUUACGCGAACAAAUGGCUUUUGAAGAAUCGAAAAAACUUCGAAAUUAA